GAAGUUUCCCCAAUCUGAAUUUGGCUGAAAUUUCGUUUCUUUUUUCCUUUUCUCUAAGUUAUGGCGGGGGCAAAGAGGCAGCACAAAUCCAUCUUCCUUGAUGAUCAUGAAGAAGACUACAAGGAGAAGAAGAAGAAGAAGAUGCAGAUUCUAUAUAGAAAUUUUAAUUAUUUAUUAGAUGCUGCUCUUGACGGGAUGGAGACUACUCCAGGUAAAACAAAUCCUGUCCCCGAGGAGUUAAUAAUCGAUAACGUUUUGACGAGAUUACCAGCUUCAGCUCUUGCCAGAUGUAUCUUUGUAAGUAAGUUAUGACGCAAUUCAAUUAUCAAUGAUACCAGAUUUGCUGCACGACAUUUUGCUCUUCAGCAAAAUAAAAAUCUCUUCUUUAAUCUCCUUAAUGUUCAUAUUGAUGGUGGGAAAGGUGUUUGUAUUUUCUAUUUACAAGACGAUCACAAGGGUAAUGAUGAUAAUGUGUUUAUUGAUAUUAGAUUAUCAAUGGGCGUAACUUUCCCAAUAGCAACAGAACUAUUAGGUUACUGUAAUGGAUUAGCUUGUUUUAAAACUGGUGGAGAUAGUGGGUUUGCUGCAGUAAAUGUCUUCAACCCAGUUAGGUGUGAAACGCUUGUUCUCAAUUAUAUCAUUCCUCGUACUGGUACUGAAUAUCUGUGUCAUGGUUUUGGUUUUGAUUCAUUGUCUAAGGAAUAUAAGAUUGUACUUAUCUAUACUAUGAGUACUACUACUACAAGGGUGAACAUUCAGGAAGAGGAGGAGGAGGAGGAGCAGGUGUUUGUUUGCAUGAUUAUUACUCUGGGAACUAAUUCAUGGAGAAAGAUAGUUACCAAAACUUCUGAUAUCUCAUCACCACCCGGUUCUCCUCCUUUCCCGAGGCGAAUGGUAACAAAAUCUUGGAAAAAAGAUCAAAGAUCAGCCACCCUCUGUGGGGGUGAUUUAUUCUGGAGGAUAACCAAUUAUAAAUGUACAAUAAUCAAUGAUAAGGGUGGUGGUAAUGUGAAUGGAGUUCCUAAUGGGGUCGGUAAUAUCAAUGGAGUUCCUAAUGGAGGUGGUAAUAUCAAUGGAGGUGAUAAUAUUAACGGAGUUGGUAAUAUGAAUGUAGCUCCUAAUAAUGAUAAUAAUAAUGAGAUUGAGGAAAUGUUGCUCUCAUUUGCCAUCCACACCGAGAAGAUACAGUUCAUUCGACUACCAACUAGACAAACUACUACCAUAUCGACUGAUCGUCACCAUAUAACAUUGGAUCAUCAUCUUCUGGAGUUUAAAGGAUAUCCUUGUGUUGCACGUUCUGAGAAGAUAUUGGUAAACAAAAAGUAUCAUCAUCAUCGACGACGUAACUGUGAUAAUGAUCAAGGUAAUUUUUGCUGCUGUAUAUUCAAAGUUCAUCUGUAUUUAUUGGAGGACAAGGUCAAGCAAGUAUGGGUCGAAGACACUAGAAUUGAUAUAACUCUUAAGAAGCGAGCCUCAUUACCACCCCCCUACAGUUCUUUCUUUAAGGCUACAACUGCUACUACCCCUCCUACACGUUUAUUGAAUUUAUCUGGUAAUGUGUUAGUGUAUUGGUUUGAUGGAGACUGUCUUAUAUACCGGAACCCCAAAAUGAAUCAUUUCAAGGUUGUAAAAGGCUCCCUCUCCUGUUCCAAGAAAAUUCAGGAUAUUUUUGAAGCUAAGAAGAAAGGAGUCUCCCCAGGCCGUGUAAUUGGUGAGGAUGAUAAUAUUCGUUGCCCUUACAUGGAUUAUCAGCUGCAUGCUCAAGUGGAGAACAUCCUCUCUCUAAAAUCCUUUAUUCCUCAAGGAGGAGGAACUAUGCGUGGUGUAAUUGAAGGUACCAGUGAAUUUCAAGAUUAUUUAAUAUCAAAUUUGGAAAAACCUCCUGCAGGAUGGAUGACCACGGGAAGAAAACCCGCAAAAUAUUAUGCAUUCGAUUAGUUAGUUUGUACAUCCCGUGAUUCGACUUCGAUCUGGUAAUAUACGUCAGCUUACUAUUCAAGUUAUUAAAUUUUAUCAGUCAUUAUUUGUUCAAUGCCAGAAUAGCUGCAGUACAGGGUAUAGUAUUUCGAGUGUUUUGCUGUAUUUUAGUUUCCUUUUGGUCUUCUUUUGUCUUCUUUUGCUGUGAACUUUUAGUCUAGCUGUAGAUUAAGUUCUUUGCUUUCCUGUGGACAGGGUGGUAUAAGCCUCGUAUACCCUCUUUCUUUCAAAAAUAUUUGUUCAAUGCCACUACUCAUAUGCUCACAUACGCAGGUUAUUAAUCUCUCCACUUUGAAUAGCUAUUCUUAUUUGUAUGAAAUUAAGCAAUCACAAUUGUAAAUGUUUAUGCUGAGAUAUCAUUCACGUAGAUAGAAUUCCUGUCUUUCUAACUUGAAGCUGGCCAAUAAAAAUGUAAUGCAUACAAACUUUUGACUAGUAUUAGGAGCUGAAAGUAUCUAAUUUCAACCCUAAGAUUUAUGUAUCAUUUCAAAUGGUUGGAAGCAAUACGUUAUUCCGUCUCCUUCACCCACACCAACCCUGGAGUGACCUGAAUUUUUUGUAUACCACUGUUUUUUGUCAUAUUGGAAAUUCUUCAAAUUGACUUAUUUUCAGAGACAUAAUUCUUGAGAUAUAUAGCUAUUCUUUGUUUCGCUGAAUUGAAUAGAUGUAUAAAUUACUUUGUUUGAUAUUGAAACCUUUGCUGACAUGUUGCAUUUAUGCAUGCAGAAAAUUACUCCCGCCCUAGCUAGGGAUGGAUGAUGGAUGUAAAAUGAGUUUUGAACGUCUGUUUGCAUAAAUCUGGAUUUGGUAAAAAUACUGAGGUUUAUAGUUAGUAACUGCAGAUAUUAUUGGUACCUUAUUGCAGGUAAAAGCUCCUGAUAACAUGAGUGUGGAGGAAAGGUUCAGAGCUGCGAAUUAAACAAAGAUGGAAGGAAAUGUUCUUUUCAAGAACGAGAAACUAGAAGAGGCUGUGGAAGAGUACAAGAUGGUUAGUUGAUAUGAUCUUCUUCCUAUCAAUUUACUGCCCUUCACUUUUUUAUAGAUGUUCCAAGUUUGUACAGAAUUUUAUUGAUGUUACCUCAUAUCAUCUUAGUAGACAAUUUUAUACAUAGAAGAGCAAUUUAUGUUAGUGUUAUUGGGGAAGCAACGAGCCAUGGCUAUGGAUGUCCCCGUGCCACCUUAAUACAGCAAUAUAUCUAAUGAAACUCAAGUGUUGUGAAGAAGUCGGGAUACGUUGCAGCACUGUGAUUUCAUUCUUACGUGACAUUUAAGUUGCUUUUAAAGUCCGAGUAUCCAUUUUGUUGUCUUACUAGAGGGAGACCCACCAUGGUUUAGAUUUACUUCAGUCACUGCAAUCAUCAUAUAUCCUAUUUACGACAAAUAGUUUGCAGGUAAAAAUACUGAGAUCUGUAGUUUGUAAUUGCACACAUUUUUAAGCCAUAUUUCAGGUAAAAGCUCCUAAUGACAUGAGUGUGGAGGAAAGAAGCAUAGCUGCAGGAAGGAAAAAUUAUUGUGAUUGUUUAGUGGUGAGGAACAUGCAGUUACUGAAACCGAUCUAUAUACUAACAUAAUGAUAACUAGAAGUUCGAGUAUUCUCACAUAUUGUGGAACGAAAGGACACCUGAAAAUUAUGUUUGCAUAUGUAUAGCUUGGAAUUAAGCUUGACUGAGGCAACUAUGUAAAUAUCGAGGUGUAACGCAGUAUGUACACGUCAAUAUGAUAUAUAUGAGGUUUGGAGAUGGCAGAUUUUCCUUUUAAGAGCGCAAAGGAGAAUUCUGUGUGCCAAUGCUCUGACUUCAAAUGCAAGAAUACAUGGGGAAGUUAUGAGUGCAGCUGCGUAGGUAAUAUUUUGUGCACGCGAGAAUUCGAUACUUGCACAAGUGCCCAAUAACGAUUGCAGAAACGGAAGUACAGCUGUAGAAGACGACGUAACAUGAUACAGAGUGGAAGCAGCUUUGCCAGUGGUGCAGAAGGUAAAGAUAGCAUCUUUGCAAGCGGCGGCAACACACGAGGUUCGUUUGCUAAGACGAGUGCUUGGAAGGGAGUUCAUAGAUGAUGAUGACAUGCCAGAUGAGAUGAGCAUGCCAGCAGGAGUGGUUGAUCAGAUUAGAGUCACUUCAGGGCGGAAGAAAGGAUUGUCAGACUGAGUGAUAGAUGUUAGGAACUUAUAAUCAUGUAAUAAAGUCUACACUCUACAGACGCUACCAGAGUAGAAUGGAUUGAUGUACAUAUACAUACGAUUGCAGUAAACAUAGUCCUAUUUAUUAAUUAUAAGCAAGCAUUGAUUGAAAUUAGGCUUUGUUCUAAUGGUUUGAUACUGUAUUGAAAAUGUGAACGGCGGCUUCGGUUCCAAAUUGAGAAAUUUUAAGUUAAAAUUUUUAACUGAA